UCGUUGUGAAUGUUGUGGAUUUGCUCUCCAGCACACAACCGAUUAGUGCUGUGCUCGUCACGAAUUGGCCACGUUCUGUUUACGUGACAAACCCCUUCCUAGUUGGCUGUGUCGGGUGGUUUAACGACACAUUUAUAUUUACGCGAUUUAACCCAAAACACGUCUAGUAUGUAACUGUGUCUGUAUGUUGUAUGUAUCUGUGUAUGUAUCUAUGUACCAGUGUAUGUAUGUUGUAUGUAUAUUGUAUGUAUGUAACUGUGUGUAACUAUGUAUGUUGUAUGUAUGUAUCUGUGUAUGUAUCUGUGUGCGUAAGUUGAACUUCUUCCGCACCGUACGUGGCCACGCGUGGUGAUCGCGGGCGAGGCCGAGCGACGCGAGAGGGGUGAGGGGGGGGCAGCUGCGGGUCGCCCCCCCCGCGCCCUGGGGGCUCCGUCACCGCCACCGCCGCCCUGGGGGCUCCGCGCGGGGGCGCCAGGAGGAGGAGGCGCCGCGUGAUGCACAAGUCGCCGCGUGGCCCCGCGGUGAGCGCCGGGAAGGGCCGUCACCUGACAGUGGCGCCUACGCACGAACCUCCAGCUCACCAGGGGCCAUGUCACCGCCGUCUCUCGCCUCCACCGCCUCCACCGCCGCCGCCGAUAUAUACGCGGCAGUGACGAGUCAGACCGCGGCAGUCAUCGCAAGGGACGAUUCGGACAUCCCCCACGCGAGCUCGGCACGAGAUCCGUCUUCGUCGUGGUCAUCCUGCACGUGGUGCCGAGGGGCUGCUGCUGCUGCUGCUGGGAGCGCGUCGCGUGCAGGUGCCCGCGUGAGCUCGCCCGGGGGGAGUUGUCGGCACGACGACCCGAGCCGCAGCCCGAGCCGAGCGGUGACAAUGGGUCUCCUUGCGUCGCGAGUGGCGUCGCUGCUGGACGGAAUGUUCACUCAGCAAGCGCGCGUGCUGCUGCUGGGUUUGGACGCGGCCGGGAAAACCAGCAUCCUGUACAAGCUCAAGCUCGACGAAUCCGUGGUGACCAUCCCGACCAUCGGCUUCAACGUGGAGACCGUGCAGCCCAUCAGGAACGUCACCUUCACCGUGUGGGACGUGGGCGGCCAGCAGAAGAUCCGCGCUCUCUGGAGGCACUACUUCCAGAACACGGACGGGCUCCUCUUCGUGCUGGACAGCGCGGACCGGGAGCACUUCCCGGAGGCUCUCAAGGAGCUGGACGCCAUCCUGGACAGCCCCGAGAUGACGCGGGUGCCCUUCGUGCUCCUCGCCAACAAGCAGGACCUCCCGCGGGCAGCGGCCACCGCGGAGGUGGCGGAGGCGAUGAAGGCGGUGAAGACGCGGCACGGGCGCGAGUGGCUGGUGCAGGGCUGCUGCGCCCGCACCGGAGAGGGCCUCCUGGAGGGCGUGGGGCAGCUCUCCCGCUUCAUCAGCAACUCCAGAGCCUCCUCGGGGACAAAGUGA